AUGUCAAGAACAACAACGCGGUCAACACAUAGUGAGCUAUCCGUCGACGACGAGCUCGAUAGCCUCGAGAAAUUGCUCGUUGCACAGACUGUAUACGAGUUUGGUCGCGGUGCAUGGCCAACUAUUGCUCAGCUUCUUACUGAACACCCCAGCCUCGUUCGACCCAAGGGAUCGUUUACUCCUCGCUCAUGCCAGGCAAUCCAUUCUCGUCUUAUGGAGGAAGCUGGCCUCGAAUGCUCCGAGGCAGAUAAUAUUGCGCGUCGUGGACCGUCGAAUUUGAAACUUGCACAGCGUCUCUACGCAGUGCGCUUACGAGAGCUCAAAGACAGGAUCGCCGCAGAAGAGGCAAAAUUUCGAAACGUCGAAGCGGAAAUUUUGGCUAUUAGGUCCGGUGCAUGGGACGACAAGAUCAAGGCUAAACUUGGUCUCGUUACAGAGUCUCCUGCCGCAGAGGCAGCGCCGGCUGAGCCCGAGCCAGCGAAGGAAGACGUCAUUGAUCUUGUACAACCAUCUGAGUCUCACGAGGAAGAUAUUCGAGAGCUAAGCGUCGAAGAGCUCCCACCACCAUCAAGGUCCCCAGUUCCGCAGAACGAAGAUGAGGAGCGUGCAGAGCAUGUUCAACCUGUCGUUGAGAGCGAAAAGUCCAUCGAGCAGGACACGCAUAUUUCAGAAGCUCCCUCCCCCGAAGACGAUGCAGCAGUCGAAUCCGUAAUUGACGCACCUCAUUACUCUCCGAGUCCACCUCCACAAACACCUGCUCCGACGUCGCCAAGUCCUGACGUCGAGCCACAAAAGGCAGAGACGCCAGCCGUCACUGCCCUCGAAGGCGAAGACGAAGAUGAAGACAUGCAAAUCGCCAGCGAUGAGGAGAAGGAUGAUGAAGGAGCCCAACCUGAAACGAUGGUCCAUGAGGCAUCUCGUGAGGACGUUUCAAUGGAUGACGAGGUGCAAGAGGUGCAUUCCCCUGAAUCUCCUAAGGAGGCCAGUGAAAGAGCCUCGCCCAUACCAUCACCAGAGGACGAGGCAGCAUCUCCAGAGGCUGAGACUCCCCGAGCAGAACAGGUAGCGUCGCCUGACAAAACGCUGUCGCAAACACCCACACCACGAAACACCGCCCCCUCUCCGGACGCUGAAGAGAAGGUCAUGACGCCAGCCGCGGAAACCGAUGAGGCUGAGUCGCCACGCAAAAGCCCCAGUCCUGUUGUGGAGACAGCACAGCCAUCCAACGAGCCCUCUGUCGAACCUGAAGAGUCUCGCUCGAACGCCAAACGCAAGGCAUCAGAAGUUGAAGUUGCGCCAUCCGAGUCUGCCCGGGACAAGAAACGAGCUCGUGACGGAUCUCAGCCAGACGGGGAAGAGGAAGCAGGUCCAAGCACAAGUCCAUCCAAGCGACGCCCACAGCGCCUUGGGACCGAAGCCACACAGUCUUCAAAAAGGUUCCAAAGUGUCAUCGGAAUGAUUCAUUCGCAGAUAUCGCAACAUCGCAAUGGCAACAUCUUCCACAACCCUAUCAAGCCUUCUGAGGCACCUGAUUACCAGGACAUCGUACUUCGUCCUAUGGAUUUGAAGACAAUUAAGACAAGGAUCAAGGAAGGCGCGAUUACGAACUCGCUAGAGUUUCAACGCGAUGUCUACCUUAUGUUUGCCAACUCGAUGAUGUAUAACCGUCCUGAUUCGGACAUCUACACGAUGGCGGAAGAGUUCUUCUCUUUACUUUCUCAAGAUGAGGACCAAAGCACAUGCGCUCUUGUGGUUGCGUUUGGCGAUAUUUUUUCCGAGGGUGGACGUGUCGUGGGCCUCCUGGUUCUCAACCUAGAAUUGAGACGGAAGGUUGACAGGCAAUGGGAGUCCUAUGCAUUCUGGACGGGGUUAUUUGUUGCUUCAGUCUUGACUCUGGCGAACGUUUUGACCAGCACAGGUGUUACGAGUGGAGUCUCCCAGUUUGGUAUAUUCUUGUGUACUACGAGACACACCUUGGCCACGUCGAUUCUCACGACUCUCGUUGACGUUGCCCUCGAACUUUACGCUUCGAUACGAAUAUUCGCUUUGCUCAAGCCCCCUAGAUUUCGUUGGAAGACCGCAUCUGACGUAUGGAUACUGAGGGCCCUCAGUCUUCUAUCUCUUGAUUUAUUGGUCGUGGUCCCGAACGCUGUGGCGACGAACGUUCUCGCAGCAUUCGUUCCAUUUAGUCUUGGUUCAUUAUGUGUUCUUGCCGCUUUCAACCAGCCAGAAAUGUCACCUCUCUCCGCAAGCCGACCCUCCCUUUCCUUCCGGCCUGUCAUACCUCCCGGACGGCCUUCUCCCGCACCUUCCGUCCGUUCAUUGAACGCUUUCGCUCCAGUCCUCAAUAUCGGCCCGCCUCCAAUCAGUGGCUCUCGCAUCAACGCUCCUCUUCCUAGCCUUCCCGUCUCUCGAGGACCUUCCCGGCGUCAUCGAUAUCGCGACAGCCAACAAUCCCCCGCACCGAACAGUGUCAGCGAGGCUCGCAUCGAGUCUGUCGUUCGCCAAGACGUGUCCCGUUCCGCCGUCGCCGUUCCAGUCCAAUUCCCAUCCAGGAGCAGUAGUAACAGCACCACCCGCAGCAUCGUCAACCUCAACUUCGAUCGUGGUCCAUCCGAACCACAGGCCCGGCCCAUGCCAGGGAAACAUCAAGUCUCCAAGAAGAUCCUACCCACCCAAGCUCAAGUUGGGAACGCAAUCGAACGACUCCCGACGCACCCUAUGGGUCCAAGAGCAUUGACGGCCCGUCCCCGUCCCAAGAUCACCGUCCAUAUCGCAACACCUCUGCCGUCACCGUAUUCGCCUCCUGAACUAGAAGAAACGUCACGUUCGAGUAUGUAUCCUCGUUCAAGCUCGGGCAGGAGUCCUGGAUCCAUUCAGACCAUAUUCGGGUCCGAUAUCAUUCGUGCGUCAUUACAAGGUCCCGGGAGGAGGGACCGUGACCGGUAUCACCAUGGACAAGGGGGCGGAGGAGGCGGAGGAAGAGACGAUGGAUCAAGCCCACCAAAGUCUUCCUCUACCACCACUGUCACGCACGCACAUCAUUUACAUAGCGGAAGACCGCCAUCAAGCGGACAAUCUACUCGGACGUCGUUCGCUUCGCCACGUCGCUCGACGAGACGUUAUUCGUGGGCGACAAUGGGCAGGCGAGAGAGCUUGAAUAUGCCAAGUGUAGCCUUGCCCCCGGUCCCCGGUAUGCCGAUUGUUUUGGAAGGGGAAGGCGCGACGGUGCAGAAUCCUGCGGUCGUGACGCCCACGUUUGGACAGUUUUUCGCUCAGGUUCGAAGGCCGGAGGAUGUGGGUGUAGAUGACGGGAAGGUCACCGGUAGAGAGUCAAUGAGGAGCCGAUCGAAUACUGAGCCAUCUGUUUAUUCGGCUUCGCCGAGUAAGGCACCGUCAUAUCUCGAAUCGUCACGUCCAUAAUGAUCGCCAUUGUUUAUUUAUCCCAUCGCUCGCCGUCUGUAGUAUUUAUUCAUCGUAGUGUAUCGCUCG